GACGAAGUACGAACGCCGUCAGUUAAAACCUAUUCGCCGCGGGGAGCGUACGUCGCAAAGCCGCAAAGUUACGAACGUAAACUCGAAACGAAACAUGAGGACGAAUUAUAUAAUUUUAUUUAAAUAAGUGUCUGUGUUGUGUUGUGACUUGGUGUUUAAUUAACGAUGGCCUUGCUUUUGUGUGUUUUUAUUUGUGCUCUGGCCGGGGCCAUGGGGUUCAAUGUGGACAUCCCAUCCAGGGUAGUAUACACAGGAAACUAUAAGUCCAUGUUUGGUUUUACUGUUCAAUCUCACGUGGAUGGCGAUAGAAAAAUGAUCCUAGUGGGUGCCCCAGAAGACGAGCCCUACCAAGUGAAUGGUGUGAAGCGGCCUGGUGCAGUAUACCGCUGUGAACCUACCAGCCGAGCCUUCGCUUCAGAAGAUCUCGCUAAUCCCUUGGAGCGAUGCAGAUUGAUGGAGUUUGACAAGAACAGAAAUAACAACGUGGACAGUGCCCAUCGACAGAUAGAUCAGAAAUCUAAUCAAUGGUUUGGAGCGAGCCUUACGAGUACAGGCAGAAAUGGGCCUAUUGUGGCAUGUGCCCCGCGGUAUGUCUCAUUCGUGAAUGCUAAGUUGAACCAGCGAGAUCCCGUGGGAUCGUGCUUCGUGGCCAAAACACCAGACGCUAUUGAUGUCAAUGAAUUCUCUCCAUGUCGUAAUUCGAGCCAUGGACAACGGAAGACUGGAGUGUGCCAGGCCGGUUUUUCUGCGGCAGUAUCAAAGGAUGGGCAAAGACUCUUUAUGGGUGCGCCUGGCAGUUUCUACUGGCAAGGACGAACAAUAUCCAUUGAUCCUAGCGCAAGAUUCAACUACUAUAUGCCGAAGGAAGGACAACUGAAAGUGCAAACGUUGAACCAGAGGCCGGUUUUGAUUUCUACGCCAGAAGCUAGCCCCAAGUAUGAUGACUCCUACAUGGGUUACUCAGUCACGGUGGGAGAUUUCGCUGGUCAAGGAAUCCAGGGUGUUGCUGUUGGGGUACCGCGAGGUUCGGAGUUGAGGGGAUUGGUCGUGCUUUAUACCUGGGAACUCCAGAAUAUCAAGAACAUAAGUGGCUCUCAAAUCGGAGCCUACUUUGGGUACAGUCUCGCCAGUGGCGAUAUUGAUGGUGAUGGGGCAGAUGACAUCAUAGUUGGGGCUCCCAUGUUCACCAAGCCUAGAAGUGGGGGUUAUGAGCAUGGACGAGUGUAUGUCAUCUACCAGGGAAAGAAUAGAUCCUUCUCCAAGAAUCACGCCAGAACUGGUGAAGUAUCCCGCGGAAGGUUCGGUUUGGCUGUUACUUCUCUUGGCGACAUCAAUUAUGACGGUUUUGGAGAUAUAGCCGUAGGCGCACCAUACGGUGGUGAAAACGGCCGUGGUGUUGUCUUCAUCUACCAUGGCAGUGAACUCGGUAUUGGAGAGAAGCACUCGCAGGCCAUCACAGCUGAGGAGAUCAGCCCCAGUCUUUCCACGUUUGGUUUCUCAUUGUCAGGAGGAGUAGAUUUGGACAAUAACAAUUACACUGAUCUCGCCGUGGGCGCGUAUAAGUCGGAUAGUGUUGUAUUCUUGAAAUCUCGUCCAGUUGUGAAAGUUAUGGCUGACGUCAAAUUCAUGGGAGACAGCAAAUUGAUAUCUCUUACUGACAAGAGGUGUCGUCUCUCCAAUGGCACUGAAGUUGCGUGUGCGCAGCUUAUGUUCUGUCUUACUUAUGACGGCGUCAACGUUGAUCAGCAAAUAAACUUCGAAGUAACGUUAGAUCUAGACUCCCGCCAAAAGACCAGCAAGCGAUUAUUCUUGAUGGAGAGCAGACAAACCGUGUACAAGACUCACAUUCUUCUUACUCAGGGGCAGCAAGAGUGUAAGGAGGUUAUGGUGUACCUUGAUGAGGAAGUUCGCGACAAGCUCACCCCAAUAGAAGUAAAGCUAAGCUAUGAGCUGGUCAACCAGCCAUCAGGAAACGUGGUGCCUCCAGUCCUUGACCACACUAAGAGCAUAGAACACACUGACUCGCUUAAUAUACAGAAGAACUGUGGACCUGAUAACGUGUGUAUACCUGACCUUAGGAUGUAUGUCACAACGCCAAUAGUAAACUACGUGUUAGGGUCAGGCGAGGAUGUCCACAUCGAUGUGAAGGUAGAGAAUGGAGCUGAAGAUGCCUUUGAAGCUGCAUACUUCCUGAAAGUGCCUGCUGGAGUCACUUACUCUAGGAUGGAACGACUUGACAAAGACCUUUCUGACGCACCGCCAAUAUAUUGUUCUAUGAAGAAGAAGGGCAAUGAUGGAAACAGUACCCUCAAAUGUGAUUUGGGCAACCCUAUGGCCACUGGACAAAGCGUAAACUUCCGAGUGAUUCUCGAAGUGGAUUCCCGCGUGACGACCCUCAACUUUGACAUGGAGACCAACUCAACUAACCCGGAACAAGGCACGCAGUAUGACAACGUGCGACAUCUACCGAUCGGAGUCGUAGUCAAGGCUGCCCUUUCUAUUAUUGGCACAUCAGACCCUCCAGAAUUACACUACAACGCAUCGCUAUAUGAAUCACAAAACUUGAAGGAUGAUACGAAGUUGGGACCGCAAGUAAUCCACAAGUACAAUAUCAAGAACGAGGGACCUUUCACAGUAGAUGAAGCCGAAUUAUACAUAAUGUGGCCCUACCAGACCCUAACUGGCGAGAACCUUCUAUAUAUGUUAGUUCAACCACAAUGGGUCGGUGACAUGGUCUGUGACGUCGCAAGGCAUGUGAACCCUGAGAAUCUAUUUGUGCAAAAUCCCUAUGCCUUUUUGCUUACGAAGGAGAAUGAAGCUAUGAUGAGCAGCGAGUUCUACUCGGCUUCACAAGUUGGUGGUACCGGAACUUACUAUGGACAAAAAUACUGGGAACAAUUCGCAAGUCAGGGUGGCGGUCAACAAGGAGGUCAGGUCACUGGUGACCAAUUUAGUCAAAGUGGGGGACAUGUUAGUCAAAGUGGAGGACAAUUUAGUAAAAAUGGAGGACAAUUUAGUCAAGGGGGCUCCCAACAUAGCCAAACGCACUUUAGUCAAUCAGGUGUUCAAAAUGGCGGUCAAUACCAAGGCGGAAGAGUUUCAGGCGGACAAUAUAGCACUAGCCAUUCAUCAGGUGGUCAAUCUGGAAGCCAAUUCAGCACAAACCAUGCAACUGGCGGUCAAGUCUCCGGACAAGGUACAUACAACCGCACCUGGACUGAAGAAAACCUCUCGGAAGAAGAAAAGGAAGCUAUUAGGAAAAACCUUGAAGCCAUAUCCAGAACACCUGGUCAAACAGGCAGAGGUAACAGCGAAGGCGCGGUAUAUCUAGGCGAAGGAAGAUAUAGAGACAGCGCUGGUCGAAUCUUCAGAUAUGGCGAGGGUGAGAGCCAAGGACAAAACGGCUACGAAAGAAGAGUGUACAUAAGCGGACAGCCAUUUGAAGCGGGUUACGAAAAUGACGGACGCAUCGUGCGAGUGAAAAAUAAGACUAUAAUCUAUGACUCGAACCAUAAUAUAGUUUCUCAGACGGAGACGAGCACAGAGUAUGGAUCCCUCGGCCAUGAAGGAGAAGCUGGAAGUUCUUUUAAUUCAUACCUCAACAAACAGGGCAGUCAGGGAAGCCGGUCUAGUGCUGGUGGAUUCGUGCAUGGAGCCUGGUCUACUACAGAAACCAUUAACCCAGAGAUCAUGAAUACUGGAUCAGCCAUCAGGGGAGGCUCUGAUGUUACUGUCGUUGGAGAUGAAGACGAAGACAGACUUGAAGGUUUUGGAGUAUAUGCCGCCCAAAACAGUAACAACGAAUUCAAGGUGGGAAUGGCCGACGUCACUGGCGCUGUCAACUCCCGCCAAAGCGAGAACUACCGAGGCCAGGGAUACAACUCUGGGCAGAGUUCCCAGGGAUUCCAGGGUCAAAGCGGCCAGGGAUACCAGAGCCAAGGGAGAGGAAUCCAGGGAGGACAAGGAUACCAGACAGGAUACCAAAGUGGAAGUUACCAGAGCGGCUCCCAGGGAACUGCUGGUGGAGCACAUGCAUCCAGUGGUGGAUAUUCUUAUUCACGAUCAGGUGGCCACUCAUAUUCCUCUUCGGGUGGUAGCUUCAGCUCAUCUUCAGAACAAAGACACGAGAGCACCCGGCGCCGAAGACAAGAUGAGGUGGACCCCCAAUUAAUGGAGAUGCUGAAGCGAUGUGAAGAGAAGUACAAGUGUUCAGUAGUACGGUGUCGUACAGGACGUCUUCUGAAGGGACAGGAAGUGUGGCUGGCACUGCGUGCGCGCAUCAACGCUACUGUUCUCAAUGAGAUAUCAAAGGAACAACCCGUAAAACUGUCAACCCUAACGGCGACCCGUGUAUCCCGACUGCCCAUGGUCGGUCGGCCAUUAGACCAGGGUUGGCAAACAGGAGAAGCUCAUACUAUGGUCACACCACAGUUGGAAGCCCUUUCCAGUGGUUCAAUACCAUUGUGGGUCAUCAUAUUAGCUGCUGUUGUAGGGGCAUUACUGCUGUUGCUGCUUAUCUUCGCUCUUUACAAAUGCGGCUUCUUCAAACGCAACCGCCCCUCUGACCACACCGAGCGACAGCCGUUAAACGGUCGCGACGAACAUCUCUGAUAUCCGCCUCUCAGCGAUACCGCGGAUUCCCGCGACACCGCUGACACUCGCACCAGCGACACUGACUCACCGCGAUACAGCUCCUCGACGGACGCGGCAAGUGACGUCACAAGUCAUGACUCCUCCAGUAUUGAACGCUACUGAUAAUUUUUUUACAAGUUCUAAAUUUCGCGGCACAAAUAAUUACUAGUACUGUAGUAAGCACGGAAUAGAUAAAUAAGUAUGGUCAUGUAGGCUCCGCAAGUAUAUACUUGUGGAGCUGUUAAGCUAUAUAGCUUAUUAUAUUAUGUAAUAGCUUAGUGCUAAAAUGAUUUUUCAUAUGUAAUUGAUGUAAAAUUAAUAAAUUAGUAAGGGUAACAUUGGUAGGAAAGUUUGACUUGAGGUCUUUCCAGUACUAUUAUUAUUUAUCUGUUCUGUGUUAUGAGCAAUCUUCAUAAGGAUGAAGAAUGAAGAUUCAAGUUCAACUAAAGGUGAACUUGUACUACUUCUUGUCCAUGUUCUAUGUACUGUGGUGCUAGGUCACGUGUACUACUAGAUGGCGCUGAACUUAAUUCUCUUGUUUGUAGUAAAAUGGUGUACUUUAGACUGUUUAUGUGCCUUAGACAAGUUUUGUGUGGUAGGAACAAUAUAGAGUAUAUAGCAAUUUAGAUCUGUAUGAAUUUUAGUACAUAGUUCAAUGACUUUUGACACAUUGUUAUAGAUAGGAGAAUAGUGCAGUGUUUUUGGUGUAGUGUCGGUAGAAGUUUUUUAUUUCUUAAAUGUUUUCAAGAUGUAGAAGUGAAAAUUAUUUAUAAAUAAAAACGCACACAAGGACACGCGUCCUCAUUUGUAUAAAUUACCGAUUUUCGACUAAUGUAAAUAAUUGUGAGGUCUGAAUGUUUCUUGGAUAUUUUUGUUUGAAAAAUAUUUCAAGAAUUUAUUUUAUUGCUAACAUAACUAGUCACGAAUAGGAUCACGUUAAUUUAGUUGUAAAACCUUCGAGUUUAGACCAAUAACUUUGACAUUAAUUUAUACUAAAAUAAACUUUUUUUUAUCUAAAACUAAAACGGUAAAGAAAUUUGUCUAAACUCGGAGUGGAAAAUGUGAUCUAUGUUGUAAUUGUUAAGGUGUAUUUUUGCUUGAUGCUUAAACCUCAUACUAAAAUUAGGCAUAUCAUAAAUAGUAGGUGCUGAUAAUAUUUGGUACAGAAUAUAAAUAAUUUAAUAACAUUUCACAGAUAACUUUUCACCAAAUUUUUGUUUUAAAUUUUAGAAAAUUUUCGACAAAAGAUUUUUUUUUUAAAUUCGGAAGUCAGCUUUAUGAGUAAAUAAUUUAUAUAUUAAUAAGAUCUUCAUAAAUUAACUCUUCUUUUAGGAGGCAAAUUAGCUUGCAAUAAUUAGUAUAAGGUAGAUAAUUGAAAAUUAAUAUAAAAUACAAGUUUGGGUGUGUUCCUUCGGGUCUUCUUCAUUAUUAUUGGGCCUUUAAGAGAUAUUUAUGAAAAAGAUGCAGCCUUAAAAGAUAAAAUGUAUGUGCCUUGAAAACAUAUCUAUAAUAAAAUAUAGGAUCAUGUAAAUAUAUUUUUAUUAGUCUACUGAAGUAGGUAAAAAUACAGGUUUUCAUACUUUCAGUAAUGAAAACACGCUACCGAUAUAGUCAACACAAUCGUGUUGGUUUUUUUAUAUAUUUUAUAGCAGUUUUAACAUUGUGCCUUCUAAAACUGCCAGUUACUAAAUAAUGUAAAUAUUAAGUUUUAUUUCUUUAAAUUUUAACAUUUCACGGCCAUUUCAUUUUAAAGUAUAGUACUUAAUUAUUUUAAGGAAUUUACUUUAGGCCACGAAUAACCAAAAUUAUUUUGUUUUAAAAUGGUUCUGUGAAAUUAUCUAAGCGUCAUUGUUAUUUUAUUUCGAUUAAUAAAUAUUUAUUUUCGUAACUAUUAAUUCAGCUUUUACUUAUAAGACGUAUUAUUGAAACCCCAUACAGCUUUUUCAAUUUUUUAAAUUUAUCUGUAAGCAGACAUAAUUGACCCAAAAGCACGUUUAAGCUGACUUUUAAAGUUUGUAAAUAUGUUUGCGUCUAUGGUUGCUUUAAGUAUAAGAAUUGAAAAAGAGGAAUGGGGAGCCUAAAUGGAUGCCAUAAUGUUUUAAUGAUAAUAAACUUUUGGGUUGUCUGGGUAAUUUGCAUUUACCAAAAAGAACUGUAAUUAAAAUUUUGUUUUUUAAUCA